AUGGGUCUCACGUGUGGAGGUACCCAACUGGAUGUGACGUCCGCUGCUGCGUCCGCUGAGUGUUUAAUCUACUCCGGCACUUCGUCCGGCACGGAGAUAUCGGACUUGGCUACAUGCAUGUCGGUGUGCCGGUUCCCGGCCUGCAACAACGGCACGUGGGACUACACAGCAUCGGACGGUAUUAACUCGGAGAUUUACGCAGGGUUAGACUUCCUAACUCUCAUGAGUAACGCCGGCACCCAAGCGGCCGCGUCUGUCGCUACUGCAGUGCAGCAGCCGUUUUCGAACCUCACGUUUGCUGCUACUACUGAGUGUGACUACACUAGUGACAAUUCCUUCAGCUCCUGUCAAUGUGCCGGUGUGUCGAGCUACACACCGUCGUCUGGUGCCGGCGGUACCGGCACGGCAUCCAACUCGCAGUAUUCGGUGCCGGCAAACAAGGGUCUGGAAGACGCGAACCACUGGCCUGACGGUACGGCCAAGUCAAAUGUUGACAAAGCCGGUAUUGCCUCGACUACGAUCGGUAGCAGUGCCGCAACAGUGUCGGUAGUAGCCGGUGGUGUCAUGUCGGUCGCUAGUGGCAUCGUUGGCGGCACCUCUGCCGGUGUGGCCUCCGGUGUGUCGGCCGCAGCCAGUGUCGGCAUCACAAUGGCUGCUGUGGAUAUCUGCCAGUUCUCUAUCAUGCUUAACCAGAUGAACGUGGACGCUCGGCCUCGUUUCAUGGAGAACAUGGGCAAGAAGAUGGCUCCAGCAGCCUUCACCUUCCUCCCGUUCGGCAAGAACAACGCUUCGUCCUCGAGUGGCAGCUCCGGCUCGGGCUCUUCGACGUCGACUACCGGUGUGCAGGGCAUGGAGAAGUACGCGUCUCUUAUCGGCGUGGACCCGGACAUGUUGUUCUACUUGGCCGUGGCCGGCAUUGCCUGCAUGGUCGGCGUCCUGUUCGGUGCGUACGCGCUGGCAAUGGGCGUCUGCUUCUUCUUGGUGCAGGACUUCCCCACGUUCAGUAAGAAAUGGCUGGAUAAAGCCAUCGGCGUGCUCAUGAUGAUCCUCAUUCUGUCCGAGUAUGUGGUCGGCGCCACGGCCAUGUACCAGAUCUGCUACUGCCUGGACCACGACUCGGUGGACGUGAGUUUCUUCCUGGCGAUCCUGGCGCUGCUGGGUCUGGCCUUUGGGACGAUUCUGUACGGCGUCGUGGUCAUCAAGAACAACGAGGACGAGCUGCGGGACUUGGGGACCAAAGACCAUUUCGACAAGAAGUUCCACGCGCGCUACGGGCCGCUGUACGACGAGCACAGCUUCGAAGGCCGCUUCUUCUUCGCGCCCAAGCUGCUGCUGGCUCUGCUGUGUGGCAUGACCACGGGCAUGGUCUGGAUCCAGGGCUUGUGGCAGAUUAUCGUGCUCAUCGCGCUGCACAUCGCCUUCCUCCUGUACCUGGAGAUCAAGCAGCCGUACCCGACGGCGUUCGUGCAGAAGACGUCGAGCUUCGUCAUCAUCAUCAAGAUCUCGGCGCUCUUCCUCAGCUUCUUCCUGCUCUCGAGCGCCACGAGCUUCACCGAGAGCAUCCCGGACGAUCUUCGGGAGGGCGUGGCCUUUGCGAUUGUCGGCUUGCAGGUGCUCGUGCUCGUGUGUCUCAUGAUCCGCCAAGUGUACAUCUUCUACCGCACGUGGAAGCUCAAGCGGGACGGCGCGGACGACAAGACGGUCACGGUGCAGACCACCAACGCACGGGAAGGCUCCGAGGCCUUCUUCGCACUGGGGGGCGAGCCACAGUACUACAACAAUAGCAACAACAACAACCACCACCAGAGUCGAGGAGGCUCCAUGGCCGUGCUGGGGGACGACACGACGCCCAAGAUGCAGGACCCGCGCCAGUACGCGCAGGAGACCCCGUCCAACGCCAACUACUACGGCAACCGACCGCUAAGAGGGCUGCAGCCACAAGCCAACAACCAGAUGCAACGCACCCACUCGGUCGUGCAGCACCAGAGCCACCGCAAUAACGAAGUCGACCUGUAG